CGCUCACGCACCCGGGCUGUGAUCUCGCGAGAGCGGCGGCUGGUAAUGGCGGCGGUGCAGGUGCCGGGCUCCGAGGGGCCGGGGAUGGGGACGGUGACGGGGGCCGAGGCCGAGGCCGGGAGGAAGCUGGAUCGGUGCUUGGCGGACACGGUGGUGAAAUUAGGUGCCGGUCUCGGAUUAGGACUCGUGUUCUCAGUGCUCUUUUUUAAACGGCGUAUGUGGCCUGUGACCUUUGGCACGGGACUGGGAUUGGGGAUGGCUUACGCUAACUGUCAGCACGAUUUCCAAUCUCCGUAUCUCCUACAUGGAAAAUUUAUCAAAGAACAAGAAAUGUAGGUCUCCAGUUUGUGCUAAUGUGAGAUGACUUUCUUGAACAUUGCAUUAUCUUCUCUACACCAGUGGUUUAUGGAUCGAUUCUGUCUGAUAUAGUUGUGUGCAUGUAAUUGAAUUGCCAUUAUUGCACUGUAUUUAAUUUCACGUUCAAUAAAUGUGCACGGCCUGCGAGACAUUUUUAAGAAAUAAAAAUAUUUGAACUGUUA